UGAAAUUGCCAGUUCAGUUCGAAUCGCCGGUCCACUUGUCAAAUUCAGAGCAUUCAGACAACUUGAUCAAUUUCUAGUGUGUUUUCGAAUUCUUGAUUUACCUUUUGUGAUAACAACACAUUUCAUAUUGAGGAAGCAUUAAAGCCUUGUUCGCAAGAUGGGGACAGUAACAAUUUACAUGUCUAUACUGAUGUUAUUUGCUGCCUGUGUUCUUAAUUCAAAUACAGCGAGCGCUGCUACAACUGGCAAUAGGAGACCAGCUAACCCGGUUAGCAUUCUACCGGAACCAGAAGCCGAAGAUAAGGCCGCUAAAAGGACAAGACCUCUAAAAGCCAUGCACGAACAAUUCGCCAAUGCUGGUACUACCAAAGGCUUGGAGGUGUGGCGUGUAGAGAAUUUUGAACCCGUCGCGUAUCCUAAAAAUGAUUUUGGAAAAUUCUACACAGGAGACUCAUACAUCAUCCUGAAUACUAAAGAAGACAAGAAGGGCCAAUUUAGCUGGGAUGUUCAUUUCUGGCUUGGAUUGGAAACGUCACAAGAUGAGGCAGGUGCCGCAGCCAUUAUGACUGUAGAACUUGAUGACAAAUUGGGCGGUGCUCCUAUUCAACAUAGAGAAGUGCAAGAGCACGAGAGUCCACUGUUCUUAUCGUACUUUAAAAACGGAGUACGUUAUAUGCCCGGAGGUGUAGCGAGCGGUUUUACCCACGUUGAAACAAAUGCCAAUGGCGAAAAACGUUUAUUCCAAGUUAAAGGGAAAAAAAAUAUUCGAGUUAAACUGGUCGAACCUAGCAUUUCUAGCAUGAACCAAGGUGAUUGCUUUAUAUUAGAUAAUGGUGGUACUAUUUACGUGUACGUGGGAAAGAAUAGCAAACGGCUUGAAAAGAUCAAAGCAACCAGUGCAGCUAACCAAAUUCGGGAUCAAGACCAUCAUGGUCGUGCUCGAGUCAAUAUCAUAGACGAAUUCAGCAGCCAAACUGAUGUGGAAGGCUUUUUUGAAGCUCUUGGUUCAGGUAGUGCAGCUGCUAUCCCCGAAGAGGCUGCUGGCGGUGACGACCAGGAAUUUGAAAGAUCUGAAGAGCAAGCAAUAAAAUUAUAUCGGAUACAAGAUUCUUCAAGUGAACCUGUUUUGGUUGCUCAAAGGCCUCUCAGACAGGAAAUGCUGGAUACAAAUGAUUGUUUUAUUUUGGACGCUGGCUCAGCUGGAAUCUUUGUAUGGAUUGGAAAGCGUAGUUCACCUGGCGAGAAAAGCAAGGCGAUGUCCAAAGGUCAAGCGUUCCUUGCUAGUCACAAAUACCCAGUUUGGACACAGGUUCACAGAGUUGUUGACGGAGCCGAAACCACUGCAUUCAAGCAAUAUUUCGCUACUUGGAGAGACCAAGGAAUGACACAUACAAGACUCAUCAGAUCAGCUGCAUUAAUAGAUUCGGACCAAUCUGAUAGUGAGUUCGAGCCCGCUGCCUGGCAUGCGCUUCGCAGGUCGAAAGCGCGCGCAGUCGGUUUCAUGCCUGACAAACACGCUGAUGGUAAGGUUGAAAUUUUAUUAGUUCGCCCUGGACAUGUAUCAGAGCGGUCUGAGGAUGACGCUUCUUUGUUCUAUGCUAAUGAUUGCUAUAUAGUGAAAUAUGCCUAUAGCACUGGAAACGUGAUUUAUUACUGGAUCGGAGAAAAAAGCGACAGCAUUACCAGAGACGCUUUAGACGAACAGGUUGUAGCCAUUGACGAUGACUUAGGUAAUACUGCAGUACGAGUACGAGUUCCUCAAGGGCAUGAACCCAGACAUCUUCUAAAACUACUCAAAGGAAAAAUGAUAACCUUCAAAAAAGGUAGUGCUGGAGAGCCCAUUAAAGACGCUACUCAAUUAUUUAGAGCUCGUGGUUCCGCAGACGCAGGCGAAGGUCGAGCUGAGGAAGUCGACUUGGAAGCAUCAUCAUUGUGCUCCGAUGAUGCCUUUUUGCUGACAAGGCCUGGUUAUACUGCUUUAUGGUUUGGAAAGGGCGCUUCUGAUGAUGAGAAAGAAAUGGCUCGAUAUGUUGCUAGCCGUGUUGGCGGCGGUGUAAUUGAAGUAAUCGAAGAAGGUUCUGAGACACAAGAAUUUUGGGAGUUAUUAGGAGGGAAAUCAUCUUAUAACACCGAAAUUGACCCACCUGGUGCUCCCAUAAUAGAUCCAAGGCUCUUUCAUUGUCGGAUUUUAUCAAACGGACGUCUACGCGUCGAAGAAGUCGAUGACUACGACCAAAGUGACUUGGACGGCGAUGAUGUGAUGAUUUUAGAUGCAGGGGAUGAAAUUUAUAUUUGGAUUGGCAGUAGAACAACAGAAGAAGAAAAAGAGAGGUCCAUCGCCAUGGCUAAAAAAUACUUGAAAACGGAUCCAACUGAGAGGACACAAGAAAAUACCUGUCUGGUGACUGUUCACCAAGGAUCAGAACCGAAGAAUUUUAAGACGUUGUUUGAAGAUUGGAACAAUAACCUUUGGGAUUCCCAGCCUUCCUUCGAGGAAAUCAAACAAGAAAUUUAUGAAGCGAAUCAUCUAUUAGAAUAAGUUCAAAAAUAAAAUGCAUAUUUUACUUAAGUUAUUUUCUUAAAAUAAAAAUGAAGUUCUAAUCUAAUUAUAAGUUUAAAUUGUUAGA